AUGGGGUCUUGCGACAUUCAAACUGCUGAAGCAAUCCCCACGAGCAUCUUACCCGAGUCAAUUUCCAGCAACACAUUGGACAAUAUCCAAGCUCUUCUUUUCGUUGAACACUUGGAAUCUUCUUUUUUUACUGCUGCAGCCGCCAACUUCUCUAAUUGGGACACCAGUAACGCGCUGAAUGACUCUGGAGACAUUAUCGCACGGAUUGCGGACCAAGAACAAACGCAUGUGCGGAUCCUCCAGUCUAUGAUUGACGCCUAUGAUAUAGCCCCGAUUCGGCCGUGUAAUUAUUCAUUCCCAGUGAACAGUUGGAAUGAUUUCAUCUUCGUAGCUCAGCGCCUUACCACUGUUGGGAUGAGUGCAUUGAUUGGGCUGUCAGGUGAAUUGGCAGAGACUGAUCCUGGUUUAGUGAGCAGUCUUUCCUCAAUCUUAACUGUGGAAGCUCGCCACGAUGCCUUCCUGCUACUUGAAGAACAGCAGAUACCAAAUCCUCAGGCCUUCGACACCAUUAUCCAUAUGCUGUGGGCGCAGAACUUUGCUCUGCAGUACGUUAUUCCUGGCUCAUGUCCUGAUGGUGUCCCGCUACCUGUCCUACCAAUGAUCCAGGCUGCUAUUAACUCAACGCAGCAUGCGCAAGAGCAAGCCGAUCGCCGUAUCGACUUCUCUUGGGACGUUUCUCAGAUGCCAUUCGUUGUUGAAGCAGGAAGACCAUUGACAGCUGCAUGGGUGGGUCAGGAUCAGGAGCCGACGUACACAAAUAUAACCAUUGAUGGCGUUGGGAAAGGACAUACUGAUAUUCCAAGCAACAUCACAGGUCAGGUUUUCACUGCCAUAACAAGCCGGCAGCCAAAGGACGAGUGGUCGCUAGAGUGGGCGGCGCUUUCAGGGCCUGCGCUGGUAGAUCUUGCAUAA